UAUUUCUUCUGUCUCUUCAGGGAGACUUUGUGGCUCUCGUUAAACCGAGCCCAAGCUCUGUGAUCUCCGGAGAGGCUUCUGGUGACCUUGGUAGCUCCCAUUGAAUUUUUAGAGCCUUCUUCCUUCCUAAUUCUUUUUGCAUUCUGAAAGCGUCUUCCACCGAUCUGGCUGUGUUAACCCAUAAAGCUGCCUCUUGAAACAGGCACAGUAUGCUGUAACUCAGGGGAGGAAUGCAAAGUGCAUUUGCAUAAAGCAGUUAAUUUGCUAACGAACCCGAUGCACUCAGCUGCACAUGGGUCCUCGGCCUCGGUAUUUAUACGGCGUAACUGUUCUCUGAGGGAAAUACAUGCUGCUGCAGUGGCACAGGGUUUAGCAGACAGAAUCUGAGCAGAAACUGAACAAAGGGCUGUUCUCGAGGAGGAGGCUGGCGUGGAGAGCGCAGCCUGACAUUCGUGGGUUGGAAAGAGUGGAGUAACGCUUACUGGUUCCGUCAUGUGCCUUCCCAAGCUUUUUGAGGCAUCCCCUCCAGGGCUGCUUUAACAAAAGACCCCAGUGGUUAAAGUGUUUGUGUAACCCCGGGGCUCCACCGAGCUGCAGAUCCCGCGCUGCUCUGCAGUACAACGGCUCCUCUGUGCCGACAACUUCAGAGGACGUGAAUUUCCCUGCUUUAUUCCACACCAUCUGUUGUUCUUUGGGCCCGUCGCUGCUUGGAGAUGAGGGACAGCAGCAGACGGAAGGGUGAUGGCUGUGUGACCCGAGUAACACGCUGCCAAGCCAAGGGCUGGCAGGGAGAAUGGCUGAGAGUUGCUAUUAUAAAACUAAUGAUGCAUUACUAACUUUAUCCCCUGGCAAAUGAAACAGCUCAGAUAUUGGUGCAACAGUGAGAAGGAAGGUGUAGGAUGGGGUCAUGCUUUUCAGGGCAGAAACUUCCCCUUUCCUAUUUAAAGGAAGAGAAAAAGUUGUGCUGCUGGUGCGUGGUGUGAUGGCAGUGCGUGUCCUGGAAUAGACUUGCAGUGAGCAGGAGGAGCGGGCUUGAGUUGUUGCAUUUCCACCCGUUCCUAUGUGCUCAGUGCACACAUGCAGUACAGUCAUUUGGCCUUUCAGUGCAUCUGUGUCAGAUGGUGGCUUUUCUUAACAUUAAACAGCGAGGAUCUGUCACUGAGAAGCACCAAAGCCAAUUAGUGCUAGGAUGCAUCGCUGAGAGGGGGAUCAGCUUGUGCUUAUCUCUUUCCUGAUUUGAUUUUUUUUGAGAAAAAGCCAUAAUUGCAGUGGGGGAGUCGUGCAGGCAGGCUCAUCACGAGGCAGUCCUAUGUCCUACUGCACAGACUGCAUUGCCCAGCGUGAUCCCUGCCCUUUGAGAAGUGAGGUUGCUUGGGCUGAGGCUGAGAUGUGAGUGAAGGGGUGAAUGGUGGGGGUGUAGCGGGCAGCACUCAGCCCUCUUCAACUUUCCUGGUGCUCCAGUGGCUCUCGGCAGCCCGGUCUGGUGGUUGGCGACCCUGCACAUAGCAGGGGGGUUGGAACUAGAUGAGCACUGUGAUCUUUUUCAGUCCAGGCCUUUCGAUGAUUUCGAGUGCAGCAAAAGGCAAAUACAGCUUCUGCAGUGUGAGUAACCUGCAGAUCAGCACGCGGAGCAGUGCCUCGUGGUGGUGGGGGUGAUGUGCUUGCAGGGUUUUGUUUCCAGCUCUGGAUGGAGAGGAAUGGAGCAGUGGUCAGGCUCGUGGUGCAGCAUACAGCCACAGCCCUGGGCUGUGCAGGAGCUGCCGGCUCUUCACCUCAUUAAAUUUCUUCCACGCUGCAGCCCAUCGCUAGCACCAGGUGUGACAGCUUCAAAGACACCUAGAGAUCUUACAACACUGCAGGAGAAUGGAGAAAUUCCCUCCAGGAGGGAAGGGUAAGUGUGCAGCAUCCCUCCUCAGGCUGCAGCCCUGGAGGAGAGGAGGGAGAUAGUGGCAGCAGCUUCUCCCACCGCCACCCUUUCAUCUUUCAGCCCCUGCAUUGCUGCCCUUGUUGACGCCCCCACCCAAUGUAGAGUGAGCCCUGAUCUCGCUGCGGGUGGCAAAACUGCUGUGCUGUUUCCCCCCAUGGCUCUCGGAUGUCCGAUUGCCUGAGAGAUAGGUGAGGUGACAUUGUGCGCUAUCAGCAGAAAAAAGGCUGCUGGCUUCAGUGGCACAAUCCAGAGCUCUGAUGUGGAGACAAAGAAACAAACCUCGGUGUUGGGAGCUUGCCUGGCUUUAAGUGAUUUUGCAGUCCUGGGGGCUUGGACAGCAGCACUGGGCUGUGGCUGGAACAAAGUGUUCUGCAGGUCUGCUUUUUUCCUCUCUCUGAACACAAUGUGUGUAAACCCAGUCCUGAGGCCUCAAACAGGGCAACUGCUCUGCUUUUAUUGUGCAUCCCGGAUUCCAUAAUGCAGUGCAGGACGGGGUGAGGAUGGGCACGUUGUUCCCAAACCGCAGAUGUAGCACCAGAGGCAGCGGGAGGGAUCCCAGGAGCUCCCCUUGAACAGCUGGCUGCCUCUUGUGUGAUGCUGGGUAAGCAGUUACUUGGAAGCACAUCUGACUCUGCAGGCUUUCUUCCCCUUAGAGAAAGGGCAGGGCAAAGGGCUGAGCUCAGCUCUUGACCUUUGGUCACAUCCAGAGUGCUUAAGAUCCUUUUCAGUGAUGAGGACCUUGCGCCUUCUCCUUCCUGCAUCACAUGAGCUGGGUUCUCUCUUGGUUAUUUCUCCCUGCUGUCCUGAGAAGGACUGUGGCAAAGGAAUGUGGACAAAGGAUGAAUGUGGCAAAGGAUGAAUUCCCAAUUUGUUGUAGCUUGUAGGGGGAAGCCUGGGCUGGUGUGGAGACAAACAUAUCAACCUCGUACGUUGUGUUCUCCUUUUGAUUUGUUCUUCCUGUUCUCCUACCCAAACACUGGCCAGCUGGGCUCUGCUUUGUAAAGGUGCCUUCCAUUCCCACACUGAGCUUUGUUUGUCGGCACGGAGCCCACACACUGACUGCCAUGAUCCCUCUGCAGAGAGGCAGGCUGCUGUGACCUGGGGCUGGGCAGAGCUGUCGGGGUGACAGUCCCUAUGUGGAGCAGGAGGGUGGCAUCCCAUGUUGACUGUCUCAUGACCGGAAAGUCACUGAGCAUUGGGAGACAGCGAGGAGCCUGAGGGCAGGCUUGGAUAGCUCUUAUCACCAUGGCUUUUAUGGUGCAGGGCUAGUUUUUAAUCGCUGUCACUCGUAAGAUUCUCUUGUCCCAGUUUAUCCGUGUGUGUUUGGACCCGAGACGAACUCGCAGCCCUUUUCUGGCUCACCUUGGGUUAGGACAGAGCCUGACAGUUUAAUUACUUCCCUAUGAUAGACGGAUGGGGCUAACGGGGGACGAGAGCUGGAGGGACCACUUCUGAGUCAGUGUGCAUCUCACAGGAGAUCAGUGCGUUUUGCAAGGGAAGAGAAAGAUUAUACACUUGACCCUUGGCUGCCCUAAACACGUAAACUGGCUCUGGGGGGCGGGGGUGGAAGAGCAGGAGUGGUGAUGCCAGAAAAAUUCCCUUUGGGAACCCCUGGGCUUUGGUGAGUUCCGCUGCCACAUGACCCUGAGAAAUGGUGCGGUGGUGGGGAAGCACAAUGAGAGGUGCUGGUGGCUCUCCACAACUGACAGUGGCACUGAUUUCAUGGAUACCACAGUCCCAAGGGUGUGAAUGAAGCAUCUCGUAGGGCAGUUGUGUGUCAGUUCUCAGGCAGAUCAGGGCUAGAAUUCAGGAAAACUGGGCUGAGAGGACUUUUUGUCGAUGACGUAGUUCUGCCUGGUUCCUUGAGGCAGGAUGAAUUAAGUCUAAACCUGCAUACGUGAUGCUUUUUAAAGCAGCUUGUAUCCAGAAAAAGGCCUGGGAAGGAGAAAAUAGCUCACUGUGUGGCCAGCUCUCUCCAGUGGAGCCGCAUCCUAUAGUAUGCAGCUAUUCCUGGUUGCCCUAGAAAUAGGACUUUGUCCUGUUCAGCACCUCAAAUUUUGCCUUUUGCUCUCAGCUCCACCCAGUGUAGUAGGCUGUGUUUGUGUGUGAUGGGACAGAAGUGCUGGUAUACUGCUGAGCAUCCCCUGCCGUUGCUGAGUUUCAGAGCAGCUUAAAUCUGCAGCAGGAGGCUUCGUAGUAUUUAAUAUCGUGUUAGCAGAGCUCUGGAUCUCUAGUGCUAUAGAUACCUGGUCCCAAAUCUGAGCCCUGUCAUCUUGCAGCUUCUUGUAGCUCUGACUCUGUUUAGUCUGGGUUUGAUUUUUACUUAUCUUAUUGACAGUGUGUGUACUGGGAGGGAGAGUGAAGCAGGUGCUUAGGGAGCUGGGGGAGUUUCCUGGUUGAAUGCAUAAAUAGUUCCAAACAGAAGUAACCUUGGCUAUGGGCUGAGGAUGGAAGUGAGAAAAGCGGAUAUUGGAUGCUUUGAUGAUGGAGGUGAGAGGGAGUAUACAUUUCCCAGGAAUGAGAAGUACCCAGUGUUCUAUCAUGAAACAAACAGCUCAAGCAUCUACGUCGGGGGAGAGGGAGUACUUUACUACUAUAACUUUGCAACCUCUGAGACCUACCCGGUAGAGUUCCCUGUGGAAAAUGGAGCACAGUGUUUGAAGCCUGGGAGCCCGGAGGACAAUAAAAACUUUAUCACCUUAAUAGCAAAGCAUGGAAGUGAGAUGUUAGUGUGUGGGACUGGCGCUUGCAAUCCCACCUGCUGGCACUUGACAGAGAAGAAGAAGGAUGCUCCUCAGGAUGGCAGAGGUCUUGCUCCUUUCACUCCUGAUACAAAUUCCCUCGUCAUCGUUGACUAUCCUAACAUCUACUCUACCAUCAAGAAAAGCCAGCAGAAUGGCAAGAUUCCCCGCUUCCGACGAGUGAAAGGGGAUGGAGAACUCUACACAAGUGACACAGUGAUGCAAAACCCUCAAUUUGUCAAAGCCACCACAUUAAAGCAUGAAGAUUCUUACCAGGACAAGAUUUACUACUUCUUCCGUGAAGACAAUCCAGAUAAGAGUCCUGAGGCACCCAGAAACAUUUCCCGAGUGGCCCAGCUGUGUAAGGAAGACAAAGGUGGAACCAGUUCACUCUCUGCUUCCAAGUGGACCACCUUCCUGAAGGCCAGCUUGAUUUGUGUCGACCCGGCCACCAAGGGCAACUUCAACUGGCUGCAGGAUGUCUUCUUUGUCAAUGCAAGUGACUGGAGGGACUCCAAAGUCUAUGGACUCUUCACAAACACCUGGGGAAGCUCUGCUGUUUGUGUCUAUUCUUUUGGGGACAUUGACAACGUGUUUCGGACAUCCAAGCUCAAAGGCUAUGAUGGUCCUGACCCGGAGAUCAAGCCUGGGCAGUGUGUUCCCUUUAGACAGCACACCCCAAGUGAGACCUUCAAGAUAGCUGACAGCCACCCAGAGGUAGAGAAUCGAGUGGAGCCCCUCGCACCCACCAGGAGCCCCUUAUUUCACAACAAGCACCGCUACCAGAAGAUUGGGGUGCACGAGGUCUCUGCAAGCGAUGGACACCAAUACACAGUGCUUUAUCUGGCAACAGACAGGGGGUCCAUCCACAAGGUAGUAGAGCUGCCAGGGGGAGUGCAUAACAUCAUGGAGCUCCAGGUCUUCUCAAAGAAGGACCCGAUCCAGUCCAUGAUCCUGGACCACGAGAGGGCGAUGCUGUACGUGGGCUCGAGCAGGAAAGUGGUGGAGAUAGCCAUGGAUAUGUGUGGGGUGUACCACAACAACUGCCAGAGCUGCCUGCUGGCGAGGGACCCCUACUGUGGGUGGGCCGACGGGCGCUGUCAGUCCAUCUAUCGCAACCGGGAGGUGCGUCAGAACCUGAACCUGGAGCCGUGGCAAGGAAAGUGCCAGAAUGGUGAAGUUAAGGAAGCAGACAGCUACCAGAACGUCACCGUCGUCCCUGUCGUCCCUUUCUCUCGCUACUACCUCAACUGUCCCGUCGAGUCCCACUAUGCCACCUACAACUGGUACCACAACAACACCCUCAUCAAGACCUGCAACAACACCCACCCGCAGCCGGACUGCUUCUACUUCAUCCAGAACGUGAGCCACACUCACUACGGCCGCUACAUCUGCGUCUCGGAGGAGGAUGGCUUCAGGCAGGCUCUGGUGAAGGAGCACCUGGUGAACCAGCUCAGGUUCAUGUCUCAGAAGGGUCAGGCCACCAUGACUCUUGCAUCCUGGCUGCAGCUGCUGCUCAUGGUGGUGUUGGUGGAGCUCUUCCACUGAGCACGACACGGCCGCCUUCCCAGCUGCUGCCACUCUUCCUGCACUUAACGUGAGGCCAGACCCUUGCUCUCGGUCACUCCUUGGGCACUAACCUUUGACUGUCCCCAGCAGGGUCCCGGCUCUGUGGGCAGCAACUCUUCCAUCUUCGGAGUCGGUGUGAGGAAGAGGCAGCUACAGGGCCACAUGGAGCAGGGCUUGGGGCCAGGAGUGUCCUGUCCCAAGGGGGACAUUCACUGUACCCAUAGGACUUCAGCCUGCCCCAGGCACACGCCGGUAGCUCCGUAUUGGUGGUCCUGAGCACGCACCAGGUGCAGACUUUGUUCAGGAGACUAUGCAGAUGUGCAUGCACUGAUCCUCAGGGCACGACGGCUCCUCUCUUUGGGAACGUGCAUGUGAUGAAGAGGAGGAGCCAGCCCUUGGCCUUUCGAACUGGUUGGCCUGCGCUUCUCUCCAGGGUGUUAGUGGCUAACAACAAGCUGAAGUGGCGAGCAGCUGGGAUCUCCCAGUGUCACUUGUGGGUCCCGUUCUGCUCUGGAAGGGUUUUGUUGGUUGUUCAGAGGGCUGUGAUGUGGGAGAGCGACCGGGAGCUAGCACUGACAAACUGCAGGGAAGGGCAGGCACAAAGUUAGCGUUUUGCAUGGAUAAGACUUGGAGGAUGACUUAGCUAUAGAUUCGGGGUGUGGGGGAGGACAGACCAAAGGGCCCUAAGAUUUCCUAGAGACUGGAAGGAGAGGUGGAAGCCCCAGGAGGCCCUGGGGAGACGUUAAACGCACAAAUCCGUGCAGGCAGCUAGGGGCAUCGCUCUGCGGACAGCCCUGCUCCCAGUGCCCCUUUCCCCUUGGGGAGGGACUGGGCUUCCUCAGGGAAAGAGGAGCCAGGCUGUGGGUCUCAGGGCUUGGCGACCGCUUCCACCCCUGGGUGCUGCAUGAUGAGACAGGGGAGGGCCAGCACCCCCCCGCCCUGGGCUCUGAGGCCUCCAAGCAAGAUUAAACUGUGAAAUAUGGGAUAUUGUCCCUGUGCCUAGGCACAGAGGGUGAUCCCACACCUUGUCCGAGCCCUCCCCUGCCCUAUGGACUGCUGGAAUCCCCCCAGCCUGGUGGGCAGAGUGCUGGGCAGGCUGUGCCGCCAGCUGAGCCCUGGGGUCUUUGGGCAAAGUGUGUGGGGGGGUGUAGGCAGAGCAGAGCUUCCUACAGCACUACGUUCCCACACGACCCCCAGAGCCUAGCAUAGAGCUUCUUACAUCUCUUCUCAAAGCACUUUAACUUUGUCAACUAACAAAUAACCUAUUUAUUAUCAACGAGCAAUUGCUGUACUUGUCUAAUUUUCUAGCGUGAGAGAAAGCGGGCUCAGAGUAGAGAAAGGAGGGAAAUAAAACAGCUACCAAAAAAAAACAAAACCCUUUCCAAGCUGUGACCAAAGUGAGAAUGUGAUCAUUGAAAUAAAGAGUGGAUGAGAGCA